AUGAAAUAAUAAAUUAAAAAUAAUAUUUUAAUUGAAGAUAAAAGGCUUUUAAUAAUAAAUGCAGGAGGCUAAAUAAGUGCUGAAGAUAUAGGAUAAAGUGAUAAUAGUAUCCUUUUGAUAUAAAAUAAUUCAAUAUAUAAUAUGAUGAAAAGUAUUUCGUAUUUUUGUGAUUUAAAUUUUACUUAUUAAAACGCUCCUGAAGGUUUUUUAAUAACUCCGUAAACUGAAUACAACAAAAGAAUUUAUUACAAAAUUAUUGAAUUAGACGAUUUAAAUAUAAAUUAAAAAUAUUUUAACUAUAAAUUUAUAAAAUAAUUAUGCGAAGUAAUAGAAAAAAACUAUAAUUCUUUUGAUUCUUUUAUAGUACUUCAUGGAACAGAUUCUAUGUGUUAUACUGCUAGUUUUUUAAGUUUUAUAAUCGAAAAUUUAUCCAAACCAAUAAUUUUUACAGGAAAUAUGGUUCCACUCUCCAUAAUGAGAAAUGACUGUUUUAAUAAUUUAUUAGGAGCCCUUAGUAUUGCAGGCCAUUUUAGUAUUCCGGAGGUUCUAAUUUAUUUCCAUAAUAAGCUUUAUAGGGCAAAUAGAACAAAAAAGAUUGAUUGCUAAAAGUUGGAUUGCUUUUAAUCGCCUAGUUAUCCUCUUUUAGGAUAAGUAAAAAUUGGGGUAUAAAUUAAUUGGAAUUACAUUUAUAAGUAGGAAAUUACUGGAGAUUUUUAUAUUGAAAAAGAUUUUCCUUAAAACUUCCAAAUUGAAAUUGUUAAAUAUCAUCCUCUUUUUUCUUAUGAAUCUUUACGUAAAUUAAUAGACUAUCCAAAUAUAAAAGGCAUAAUAUUUCUUGGCUAUGGAUAAUCACAUUUACCUAUUUAUGAUUAAGAGUUCAUCGAAAUAAUAGAAAAAGCUUAUUAAAAUGAUAUUAGUUUAGUUGUGAUAUCUUAAUCACUAAUAAAUUAAGGAAACGCAAAAGAUCUAAAUACAUAUAAAAACCUAAAAAUAGCAUAUGGUUCAGAUAUGACUUUGGAAGCAGCUUUAGCUAAAUUAUACUAUUUAAUUGUAAAAGGAUAUAAUAAAGAAGAAAUAUUAGAAAUUAUUCAUUAGAAUAUAAGAGGAGAAAUAACAGUAGAUUUUAAUAAUUAAAAGUUCGAAAAAAGCACAGGAAAUAUUUUUCGAGAAAUAACAUCUACAUUUUAAAAUAAGAUAUGUACCAAAUAAUAAUGGUAAGGGGCAAUCAAAGAUUAUAUUGUUCCUAUAGUAUUAUGUUAUAUGGUUUAAAUGGGUUAUAUACAUUAUCUUUAAGAAAUGAAAAAUUAAAAUACAGAUUUUAAUUUUACUAAUUAUGAUUAAAGAGCAGCAUUACACUUAGCAGUCCGUGAAUAAUAAAUUUAAGCCGUUUAAUUUUUAUUAUCUGAAAAUGUUGAUGUCAAUGUAGUGGAUGAUUUCGGGAUAUCCCCGUUAUAUUAGGCUAUAUUAACAAGAAAUAAAAAAAUAAUAUUUAUGCUUUAAAAACAUGGAGCUAAUUUAAUUGCUAAUUAUGAAGAUAUAAAUAAUAUACUUUUUUAAAGUGCUUUAUAAGGUGAUUUAGAAAUUAUUAAAAUUUUAUACCAUACAGGAUUGAAAAACCUAAAUCAAUAUAAGAAUAUUGAUUAGAGAAAUAUUGGUCAUAUUGCAGCAUCUGAAAAUAAAAUAGAAAUAAUUAAAUUUUUAAAAUAUACUGUACAUUUUGAUUUCUGUGAAAAAGAUAUUUGGGAUAGAACUCCUUUGGAUGAUGCAAUUUAUUUUAAAAAUUAAUAAAUUAUUGAAAUGUUAAAUAAUGUUGUAGGGUGA